AUGACAUUCGCUGCUCGGACCCCAGAAGCACUCCUUCCACGCUCCGACUCCAAAAAUCCCGCCACUACAUGUAGAGGUAUCACAACAGCAGGACGUCCUUGUCGGCGUGCAUUGGCAGCUUCUCCUCAGUGCUCUCCCUCGCCAUCUCCCAGUCGAGGCUCGGGAGUAGUUGCUGUUCUCGACGAGGAACAUGCAGCCGCAUUCUUCUGUUAUCAGCAUAAAGAUCAGGCCGAGCAACUGGUUGCUAAGAACCGCCAGAAAACAAGCCUGCAUCGUUUGAAAGAGCGGUCUAGUCUCGAUACUUUAGCUGAGCGAGCGGGCAUCUUGGACAUAGAUGAAGAUAUCCCGGAACCACAGAAGAUACAUCAUCGGCGACAUAAACAUGAUACCUCCCGAGUCAAACGGAGAGACACCCUUCCUUCUGGUUGGAACGAAAUGCAGAGCCCUCUGAUGUCCGUGCCAGAUGAAAUGGUUCAACAACGGCCUCGGCCUCUGGCCAGUCGUUCUGAUCGCAAUGAAAGCUCAAAUCUCAAAUUUUCAUGGUCAUGUUGUUUACGAGCGGAUAGUGAGGACGACGAUGAGCCGCCUCCUAAAGUUUCACAUCGACCUCUGAAAGCUUCUAGAAAUAGCAGACCAUUCGCUAACACCGGCCAGUAUGAGCCACAACCUGAGAUGCAAGCUGCGUCACCUGGUCCAGGACCACCCAAAACGACAAUUCGGCCAUCUUUAGCACCCACACCAGGUCGACCAUCCCUUGGCUUGUCGCCAACUCAUUCUCAAACCCAUAACCUUUUAUCAUUGAUGCCAUCCUCCCUCUCACCGCAAACCACAUCACUUCUCCUUAACGAGUUAUCGCGCCCAAUCUCUCCUUCGGACGACACCGGCUACAUCUACAUCUUUUGGUUGACGCCAGAGUCCGAGGACUCAACCCCCGACGAUGAAACAGCUUCAACCCUCCUUGACGGUGAUGAUUACGAAGAAAACGAAUAUGGCGGCCUGUAUCCCUCUCUAAUGCCAACUCGAGCACAGAGAACAAAUCGAACGCUUGAACGCUACGCCUCGGUACGUCAUCCUUCCCGAGCAGUACCAGCGCCACAGGCACAAGUUCAACGAACAAUAUUACUCAAGAUCGGGCGUGCUGCCAACGUGCACCGGCGCAUGUCCCAGUGGACGAAACAAUGCGGGCAGAACAUCAACUUGAUCCGAUACUACCCAUAUACAUCAUCGAACCCCAAAGCACACGCUCUAUCGACGUCCAAUAGCCUUGUCCAAGGCCGCAAAGUCCCGCACGUACACCGCGUCGAGCGCCUGAUCCAUCUGGAGCUGGCGGAGAAACGGGUCGUGAAGCCCGAGUGUCAGGCCUGUGGCCGUGAGCAUCGCGAGUGGUUCGAGAUCGAGGCCAGCAGGGGUGGGCUGAAGAGCGUGGAUGAGGUAGUGCGGCGCUGGGUGGAGUGGGCUGAGAAGAUCUAG